CAAAUUAGGGCAAAAUUACUUGAAAAACACUCCCAUCCUCCGAUUCGAGGCUACACACAGAGAGAAAAAUAAGGAGUGAGCGAGAAAGAUGGGGUGGAUCGGGGAGCAAAUCGAUUCGGUGAAAUCUAUGCAGUUCAGGCAGCUCCUCACGCAAGCAGUUAGCCUUGGUAUGAUUGUUACAUCAGCAUUAAUAAUAUGGAAAGGGCUGAUGUGCAUAACUGGAAGUGAAUCACCUGUUGUUGUUGUGCUUUCUGGAAGUAUGGAACCUGGUUUCAAAAGAGGUGAUAUUCUGUUUCUCCAUAUGAGUAAGGAACCAAUCCGUGCUGGAGAAAUCGUGGUGUUCAAUGUUGAUGGACGUGAAAUUCCAAUAGUACAUCGAGUUAUUAAGGUUCAUGAACGUGAAGGUAGUGGAGAAGUUGAUGUCCUCACAAAAGGAGACAACAAUUUUGGAGAUGAUAGGCUUCUGUAUGCUGAAGGCCAGAUGUGGUUGCAAAGACAUCAUAUUAUGGGGAGAGCUGUUGGUUUUUUGCCUUAUGUGGGUUGGGUGACAAUUAUAAUGACAGAACAGCCCAUCAUCAAGUAUCUUCUAAUAGGUGCUCUGGGGCUGCUUGUAAUAACCUCUAAAGAGUAGUAGCAAAGGGUUAAAGGUUGUUUGACCAUGUUUGUAGACCAGUAUUUUUAUGAUUUGUGGACAGAUAUAGCUUCAAUAUAAACUAUUUUACCCUAUUACAACUAAGGGGGUGAUUGUUGAUUCAA